AACCAUAAGACUUCAAAGUUAACGUGAAGAAGAAUACGAGAACUGCGCGGAAAGCAAGGCGAAAGAUUUAACGUCCACAUAUCUGAGAUUUCUAUUUCCCCAAGUUGUAUCAGAUUCAACUGAAGUCUUCAUUUAUCGGUCUUUAAGUCGCGAGUCUAUAGUCCAAGCCAAAAUAUCAAGCCUAUCGUUUGGCACAACAGCUGCUACCAAGGAACAGAUCUGAUCCUGACACGAAAAUAUCGAAACAGAAAUGAAUAUCAGCAAUUCAACCAACUUCACCACCUCAAAUACAAAGCGAAACCUCCCUUUGUAUUUUUAUCGAAGUCAAGCAACAGUCAUUGCGCAGGUCACAUCUCUCGCCAUAUUUGGUAUCAUCACAUUGCUAGGCAACCUGGCCUCCAUCAUCACCUUCGCUAAGACCCAGUCUCUUCGCAGGCGCUCAAACUACAUGAUUAUCAAUCUUUCUCUUGCUGAUUUAACAGUAUCCAUCGUUAUUUUCAUGGUGGCGUAUUUUUUCUCCCUCGAGCCGUUCACACAAUCGCUAUCUUUUGUUUACGCCUUAAACACUGUCGAUACAUUUACAGGUACAGCGUCUCUACUCGGUCUGACUGUUAUUUCAGUCGAGCGAUUUUAUGCUAUCGCGUUUCCUUUUAAACACAGGAUGCUGCGUUUUAAGAAUCUUCUCUGCAUGUGUCUUGCACCGUGGCUUUCYGCYGCAGUACUCGCUUUSACAUACAUCGGGUUAGAUUUUCCAGGAAYAGGCGAAAAACKAGAUCAUUACCAGAUUGCUCGUGUUUCUUUUCUCUGCUUGUCACUCACGAUCAUGAUUGUCUCGUAUCUCGGUAUUUGGAUGAAGAGUCGUCACGCUAACCCMAGUGCGCAAAAUCAGAAUCGCACAUUACGUGACAAAAAGCUGUCACUCACGCUCUUCAUCGUCACGCUCGCAUCAUUGUCAACAUGGCUUCCCUACCAAUUGUAUUUCAUUUCUGUGAUUUUUGGUAAGGUUUCACURCCUCAUUUUAAUUAUUUUUUCGCCAUGAAGUUUCUCCAGUACGUCAACUCGGCGAUAAAUUUCUUUAUCUAUAUUCUGCGCAUGCGUGAUUUUAGGRCAGGAUUUUUCGCYAUWUUCUGCGGUAGACGAGAGAAAAGUCGGCGAAACCAAUCCACCAGCUCGUCCAACAUGAGCAGAAUGACAUCUAUUCGAGAACUCACCUCGACAAGCAACUUAAGCCUUAAUUUCACCAAGCACAGAGCAUAUGUUGUCAAUAAUGAAGUCGUGGUGACCGAGGGAGAACUGGGAGCUAGUUCACUGCAAUUACAAGAUUUUAAAAUGAAAUGACAUAUAAUAGUUUCAUUGAAACACAAUGCUUGAGCUAGCUAUGAAAAAUAAGUGUGGUAGUUAUGAAGUAAUAGUUCUCUGAAAGGACCGUUGCCGAACGGUAUACAGUGAGGUCGUGCAUGGCUCAGAUUUCACCAUGGAUCAUAAAAAAACUGUCUUUUUUAUACAAGAUUUCGCAUUUUCAGAAAAUCGGCCAUAUAUUGAUAUGGAUUCAAAUAACUUUUAAAUUUCCGCAGUCGUUUCACCAUCCGUCGGUUUUAUGACCGCCAAUCUUACAAUUCACAAUUCUUUGACCAUAGAAAAGUUUUCACCUAUGUUAUAUACCAGGUAUUUUUACUUUCAAAACAGACAGACAAAGCUCGUAAGGAUGCCAGUUUUAAAAUGUGAAAUAAAGUUGAACGUGAGAGUCUUCCCGACGAAAAUGCAUUUCGAUAUUAAUUAUAAAUAACCUAUCUUAACUAGUCAAUGUUUCUUAAGCUGAAUACAUAAUCUUGUAUAUAUAAUUCCCUAAUGGAACAACUUUAUCUUUUUAUUUAACGAUUUAAGUGUUUGGUGUGAUUAAAAACCGUUGACUUUCGACUCGUUGAAGAAUGUGAUUUCGUAUGUGUUUGAUAUAUGAAAGCCCCGUCCAUGUGAACAUAAGAAUCUCUCUGCGAUUCUCAAAUACGAAAACUGUCCAUCUUUGAUGUUUUGAACCAAUAAGAAAGCACUUUUCAA